AUGCGGGAGUGUGUGGCUCCCACGGUCUGGGCUGGAAGGUUCCAGGGAAGGGUGGUCCCUGGGGACUGCAGCGCUUCAGGAGCCUUCCUGGAGGAGUCUGAAGGCGAGGAGAUGGGGGGCAGCUGGAAGAGGGAGGUCCCUGCCAGUGACUGCUUCACGUUCCCCCAGCCUGUGGUCCCCUUAUUGGUGCUCAUCUUCACACCUGUGGGUUUGGAGUACCCAGCCAGGUUCUGGGCUUUGUCCUUCCGAAUCCUCAGGCCCACAUGGUGGUUCAGAGAGAAACACGGCCGGGGCCAGGUGCUGUUUGACCUGGUCUGUGAGCACCUCAACCUCCUGGAGAAGGACUACUUCGGCCUGACCUUCUGUGACGCCGACAGCCAGAAGAACUGGCUGGACCCCUCCAAGGAAAUCAAGAAGCAGAUCCGGAGCAGCCCUUGGAAUUUUGCCUUCACAGUCAAGUUCUACCCCCCUGACCCUGCCCAGCUGACAGAAGACAUCACAAGAUACUAUCUGUGCCUGCAGCUGAGGGCGGACAUCAUCACGGGCCGGCUGCCAUGCUCCUUCGUCACACAUGCCCUGCUGGGUUCCUACGCCGUGCAGGCGGAGCUGGGCGACUAUGACGCCGAGGAGCACGUAGGCAACUAUGUCAGCGAGCUCCGCUUCGCCCCCAACCAGACCCGGGAACUGGAGGAGAGGAUCAUGGAACUGCACAAGACAUACAGGGGCAUGACUCCAGGAGAAGCAGAAAUCCACUUCUUAGAGAACGCCAAGAAGCUUUCCAUGUAUGGAGUAGACCUGCACCAUGCUAAGGACUCCGAGGGCAUCGACAUUAUGUUAGGAGUCUGUGCCAAUGGCCUGCUCAUCUACCGGGACCGGCUGAGAAUCAACCGCUUCGCCUGGCCCAAGAUUCUCAAGAUCUCCUAUAAGAGGAGUAACUUUUAUAUCAAGAUCCGGCCUGGGGAGUAUGAGCAGUUUGAGAGCACAAUUGGCUUUAAGCUCCCAAACCACCGGUCAGCCAAGAGACUGUGGAAGGUCUGCAUAGAGCACCACACGUUCUUCCGGCUGGUGUCGCCCGAGCCCCCGCCCAAGGGCUUCCUGGUGAUGGGCUCCAAGUUCCGAUAUAGUGGGAGGACCCAGGCGCAAACCCGCCAGGCCAGCGCCCUCAUCGACCGGCCCGCACCCUUCUUCGAGCGUUCCUCCAGCAAACGGUACACCAUGUCCCGCAGCCUUGAUGGAGCGGAGUUCUCCCGCCCGGCCUCGGUUAGUGAGAACCAUGACACAGGACCUGACGGUGACAAGCAGGAGGAGGAUGGCGAGUCUGGGGGUAGGCGGUCAGAGGCUGAGGAAGGAGAGGUCAGGACCCCCACCAAGAUCAAGGAGCUAAAGCUGGAGCAGGAAACCACGCCGAGACACAAGCAGGAGUUCUUAGACAAGCCAGAGGAUGUCUUGCUCAAGCACCAGGCCAGCAUCAACGAGCUCAAGAGGACCCUGAAGGAACCCAACAGCAAACUGAUCCACCGGGACCGAGACUGGGAGCGGGAGCGCAGGCUGCCCUCCUCUCCUGCCUCCCCCUCCCCCAAGGGCACCCCUGAGAAAGUCAACGAGUCCCGGAGGACCCAGGACACCUCUCCGCAGGACUUGGCACCAGAGCCUGGGACGGCCACAGGCUGGGAAGUGUUCACUCAGAAAAGCCUCGCAGCGUCUCCUGAGGUUACUGUCGGCACUUCCCCGCCCACACACAGCCACCCUAAUGGUCUCAAGAAACCCCUUUCUCUGGGGUGAGGGGGGUGGACCAGG